GUGCGGGCCGGGGAGGGGGUCCCCCGCCCCCAGGUGCGCCGCGCUCUAGGACCGAGCAGGGCGGCUGCGGCGAGACGCGCUGCCGGAGCGGCCGGCCAGGGGCGGGCGAUGAAAGUCCAGCGCUCGGGGGCCGCGUGGACCGAGCUGCCCGGCCGGCGGCGCCGGGGGCACGAUGCGGCCGCCCGUAAUUAAAUAGCAUUUACUCUUAUUAUUACUAAUAAUAAUAAUAACGUAAUCAUACCUCUAGUCAUAGCAUACCACUUAUCGGGCUCGGCGCCGGCCCUGCGGAGCGCAGCCCGGCCGAGACACUGAUGGAGAGGCAGAGACGGAAGGCGGACAUCGAGAAGGGGCUGCAGUUCAUCCAGUCGACACUCCCCCUGAAGCAAGAAGAAUAUGAGGCCUUUCUGCUCAAGCUGGUCCAGAACCUGUUCGCCGAGGGCAAUGACCUGUUCCGGGAGGACGACCACAAGCAGGCGCUGGUGCAGUACAUGGAGGGGCUGAACGUGGCCGACUACGCCGCCUCCGACCAGGUGGCCCUGCCCCGUGAGCUGCUGUGCAAGCUGCACGUCAACAGGGCGGCCUGCUACUUCAGCAUGGGCCUGUACGAGAAGGCGCUGGAGGACAGCGAGAAGGCGCUGGGGCUGGACGGCGAGAACAUCCGCGCGCUGUUCCGAAAGGCGCGCGCCCUCACGGAGCUGGGCCGCCACAAGGAGGCCUACGAGUGCAGCAGCCGCUGCUCCCUCGCCCUGCCCCACGAUGAGAGCGUGACGCAGCUCGGACAGGAACUGGCCCAGAAGCUGGGGCUGCGAGUUCGGAAAGCUUAUAAGAGACCCCAGGAACUGGAAAACUUUUCUCCGCUCAGCAACGGCGCUGCGGCUAGUGUGACCCACCAGGGAACCCCCAACGGACUGGGGCCCAUCGACGACAUCGAAACAGACUGCUACGUGGACCUCCGCGGCUCCCCGGCCCCACUCCCUGCCACCCCCACACUGCCCCUGUUCCCUCACGUGCUGGACCUGCUGGGCCCCCUGGAGAGCGGUGGCCGGGCCCUCCCUGGCUCAGAGGGCCCCGACGAUUUCUCUGACGGGGACUUGUUUGGGCCCGAGCUGGACACACUCCUGGACUCACUGUCUCUGGUGCAGGGCGGCCUGCCUGGCAGCGGGGCGCCCAGCGAGCUGCCCCAGCUGAUACCUGUGUUCCCUGGGGGGACCCCGCUGCUGCCUCCCGUCGUGGGCGGCUCCAUCCCGGUCUCCAGCCCCCUGCCCCCUGCCUCCUUCGGCCUGGUCAUGGACCCCUCCAAGAAGCUGGCUGCCUCAGUGCUGGACGCCCUGGACCCCCUGGGCUCUGCCCUGGACCCCCUGGACCUGCUGCCUUUCUCGGAGCCCCGCCUGGACGCCCUCAGCAGCUUGGGCUCCCCCCGUGGCUCCCUGGACAAGCCCGACUCCUUCUCUGAGGAAACCAACUCCCAGGACCAUCGGCCCCCGAGCACUACUCAGAAACCCGCGGCCUCGCCGGAACCCUCCAUGCCCAACACGGCUCUGCUCAUCAAGAACCCCUUGGCGGCCACCCACGAGUUCAAGCAGGCCUGCCAGCUCUGCUACCCCAAAACAGGCCCCAGGGCAGGUGACUACACGUACCGAGAGGGCCUGGAGCACAAGUGUAAGCGGGACACCUUGCUGGGCCGGCUCCGCUCCGCCGCCGACCAGACCUGGAAGCGCAUCCGGCCGCGGCCCACCAAGACCAGUUUCGUGGGCUCCUACUACCUGUGCAAAGACAUGAUUAACAAGCAGGACUGUAAGUACGGGGAUAACUGCACCUUCGCCUACCAUCAGGAGGAGAUCGACGUGUGGACGGAGGAGCGCAAGGGCACCCUCAACCGCGACCUGCUCUUCGACCCGCUAGGGGGCGUCCAGCGCGGCAGCCUCACCAUCGCCAAGCUCCUCAAGGAGCACCAGGGCAUCUUCACCUUCCUCUGCGAGAUCUGCUUUGACAGUAAGCCUCGGAUCAUCAGCAAAGGCACCAAGGACUCCCCGUCUGUGUGCUCCAACCUGGCCGCCAAGCACAGCUUCUACAGCAACAAGUGCCUGGUGCACAUCGUCCGCUCCACCUCCCUCAAGUACUCCAAGAUCCGCCAGUUCCAGGAGCACUUCCAGUUCGACGUGUGCCGCCACGAGGUGCGCUACGGCUGCCUGCGGGAGGACAGCUGCCACUUCGCCCACAGCUUCAUCGAGCUCAAAGUCUGGCUGCUGCAGCAGUAUUCGGGCAUGACCCACGAGGACAUCGUUCAGGAGUCCAAGAAGUACUGGCAGCAGAUGGAGGCGCACGCCGGGAAGGGCAGCAGCGGCGUGCUGUGCACAGGGGUUACUCCUGGCUCUGCACUCAUGAAUUACUCCUGGCAGUGCUGGAGGACCAUACGGGAUGCUGGGAAUCGAACUCAGGGCACCCCGAGGACCCAUGGGCCCAGCACCUUUGAUCUGCAGAUGAAGUUUGUGUGCGGCCAGUGCUGGCGGAACGGGCAGGUGGUGGAGCCUGACAAAGACCUCAAGUACUGCAGCGCCAAGGCCCGGCACUGCUGGACCAAGGAGCGGCGGGUCCUGCUGGUGAUGUCCAAGGCCAAGAGGAAGUGGGUGUCAGUGAGGCCACUACCAUCCAUCCGAAACUUUCCACAGCAAUACGACCUCUGUAUCCACGCGCAGAACGGCCGCAAGUGCCAGUACGUGGGGAACUGCUCCUUCGCACACAGCCCGGAGGAGCGGGACAUGUGGACGUUCAUGAAGGAGAACAAGAUCCUGGACAUGCAGCAGACCUACGACAUGUGGCUGAAAAAACACAACCCGGGGAAACCUGGGGAGGGGACCCCCAUCAGCUCCCGGGAAGGGGAGAAGCAGAUCCAGAUGCCCACGGACUACGCUGACAUCAUGAUGGGCUACCACUGCUGGCUGUGCGGCAAGAACAGCAACAGCAAGAAGCAGUGGCAGCAGCACAUCCAGUCGGAGAAGCACAAGGAGAAGGUGUUCACCUCGGACAGCGACACCAGCGGCUGGGCCUACCGCUUCCCCAUGGGCGAGUUCCGCCUGUGCGACAGGCUGCAGAAGGGCCGGGCCUGCCCAGACGGGGACAAGUGUCGCUGCGCCCACGGGCAGGAGGAGCUCAACGAGUGGCUGGACCGGCGCGAGGUGCUGAAGCAGAAGCUGGCCAAGGCCCGCAAGGACAUGCUGCUGUGUCCGCGCGACGACGACUUCGGCAAAUACAACUUCCUGCUGCAGGAGGACCACAGCCCUGUCGGCGCCGGUCUCGAGGCGCCCACGGCCGCCCCGGGCACCGGCUCCGGGGAGUAGGGCCAGGCCUCCACCACGGGUGACGACCUAGGGCCAGCGGGGGCAGUGAGCCUGGGGGCUGCUCUCACCACGCAGCCCCCCGGCUCCAGGGCUCCGUCCACCCUCUGACUGCCCAGCGCGCAGCCGCGGGUGCCCCAUGGGCCUCGCCCCACUGCCACCCUGGGCCGCCCCUCCCGCCACCCACCCCACAGCUCUCCCGGCUGGGGGAGGGCCUGCCCCUCCAGCUCCAGCCUACAGCUUUAAAUUCUGCCUGCUCCUCAAGGGGGCCCAACGCUCAGGGCGGGGAGCCUGGGGCCCCCAUUUGAAUCUGCAGCAGGAGGGCCCUUCACCCUGCCCCCAUCCGGCCUCCCCGGAUGCCGGAGUCCGGAUGGGGGCAGACAGGGGGCAGGAGGCCCCAAUUAGCUUUAAAAUGCAGCCCCAGGAGGGAGCUGGGGACACUGUACCCUGUGGAGGCCUCAGUUUCCCCUCUGGUGGAAGGACGGGAGGGGCUGGGCUGGAUGAUCUUAGCGUUGCCCCCUCGAGAGCCCCGGGUCCCCUCCUUUGUGAAUGUAGACCGAAUGUAGAGUAGCUCCUCAGAGCCUUCCCAGACCACCCAGCUCCACCCCAUCCCCAUUCUGCAGAAGGGGAAACUGAGCCCCAGGAAGGUGGGGGUGCAGCUCACUGCACCAGGUAGCACCGGGCACGUCCAUCAGGGCCAGGCCUCAGCUGGAGCCUCAGCAGGGGCGAAAGACUAAAGCAGAGGGCGCGGGGGUCCCAGACAGGCCCCUGCAGCAAGGCUUGUGGUAAGGUCAGCACCGGAGGCGUGGGAAGGGGUCCCUUCCCGCCGUGGUCACCCCUGCAAGGCGGUGAGGGACAGGGCACGUUGGAGUUGGGGUUCUGCUGGGGGGGGGGGGGCCGGGAGAGGCGGUGACGGAGGUGACGGAGAGGAAAGGUUGCAUCCCAGCCGGGCUCGGCUCUGCCCCCCUUCCCGCCUAGGCCCAGAACAACUCAGACGCUGUCACAGUCCCUGGCCCCAUUAGCUGUCAGGGACCCCAGCUGACCCCCAUGAGCCCCAGCCUUGCCCCAUCCCUCUCGUCUGCUGUGUCUGCGUGCACCCCCUCCUCUCCCUCCCGCCCCCGGGGUAGGCCCAGCCCCUCUGGUUCGCUAAGACAUUCCAGAAUGCCUCAACAUCGGCCCAAGGUGUGGGGCCCCACCUGGAAGGAACCGGGGAGCAAGGCUAGCGUCUGGGGGUGAGCUGGAAAGGAUGGCAGACCCCUUCCUUCCCCCCAGCAGGGAUGUGCAGUGAGUGAUGGUAUGAUAUGGGCACAGGGCCACAGAGAGCCCCCCCAUCUCUCGGGCCGCUGUCGUCCAACCUUUUCCCAAUAAUUGUGGCAUGCAUUCCUCCCCUCCCCCCCUGCGGAGUUGGGGUGCCAGUGGCGUGGCUGGAGGGGAGGAGAGACCACGCCAAAGGUGGGGCUCUGGCCAUGAAUGUGGCUGACACUUGUCUCCCCCGAUCCGUGGUGUUGUGUCUCUCGUCAGCAGCCUCGUUCCUAGUGUGUAUAUAUGUCGCCCCGUGAUGCAUAUAUACACAGGUAUUAAAUAUAUCGCUCUAUAUAAUAUUAUAUAUGUGUGUGGUAUCCAAGCAAUCACUUCUAAUGAGGGCUAAAUAUAAAGAAUUGGGCCGGAAGAUGCAGCUAUCCUGGUGUAAUUAAGGCGGGAUGGUGGGGGAGGGGGAACUGAGAGGGAAGCAGAGGGGUGCAGUAUACGGCAGCCCCUCAGCGUGCCUGGCCGGCGGGCUGCCCAGAGCAAGAGAGUGGUUGGUAUUUGUCUGCCACCUGAGGUUCUCGGUGUAUCCCCGUGCAGCAGCCUUGGGCCCGGGGCUCCUGCUCUGUGGCAGCCGCUCCCCCAGGCCCGGGCAGUGGGUGUGGUCAGGAAAUAUUUUGAGUGCUGAGACUGGGACACUGAGCGGAACCAGGCCUGUGCCUGUCCCCCCCGCUUCCGCAGUGAGGAAACAGGAUGUCAGCAUUGGGGGGCACCCGUGAUGCGAGUGUCCCUGGGGGCAGAGUGUGGAUGGCUGCAUCUCUCCGCUGGGCAGUAAUCAAUUUCAAAUGGUCUUUUUAAAAUGUCUGUGGAUUAAAAAUUUACGAAUACCACACUUUAAUAUUAAAUAUUCAUAAGGUCUAGUAUCUUGAUAAUAAUGUAGAUGUUUUAAUAACAAUUUUUGUCCUUCUUAAAAUAAAAUGAGAGAAACUUG